AUGAACAGCGCACGCAUUCGUUACAUAUAUGGAUAUAAAAUAACAAUUUGCUGAUGAGUAACACAAGGUGCUCAGAUAAAUGAGUUAUUUAUUUAAAAGUGUUGUCGUCGACGGUGAGACCUCUGUUAUCGUAACAACAGAGAGGCUCGUACACAUGCUGCGCCGGCGCACGUUCAUAUCGCGUCACAUUUUAUAAACCGAUUUUACAGCCCAGGUUUUUGGAAACGAGCGUCUAAAUGUCGAUAAUACUUAUAGUCAGUGGCCGGUGAAUGUUGAAAUAACUAGUGCUAUACCGCCGUCGUUUAAAAACAGUGCGUUACAAAUACUACAUUUACUCUUCAACAUUAUGGCAAGUACGGAGAAUAUUUAUAGUGUCAGUGAUCUAACUAAUUCGAAGUCACUGCUCACAAAUAACAUCGAGAAGUCAUCAUGGUUAGAAAAAUCAAAGAGCGUCCUGAAGAAAGUGAAGAUUUUUUUCCGGGAGACAACUGUGGAGCCGUGUUUGUUUAUGUACAUGUUUUGCACAUCUCUAUCCUCUAUGGCUGUACAAAACAUGCAUUUGGACAAAUCAUGUAGAGUCAAUUUUAAUUUUAGUGACAAUAUAUGCGACAGAAUUAGAGAUUUAAACACUACCAACUUGGAAAAUGAACUAGUGCAAGUGCAGACUUUGGUAGCAAAAGUGACAGCCUGGAAAUUCCCCCUGCAGACUGCAAUACCAGCCGUCCUGGUAUUAUUUGUCGGAGCUUGGAGUGAUAAAUAUAAAAAGAGAAAAAUUUGUAUACUCUUUCCAUUCACUGGGGAAAUAAUAGUAAAUAUAGGUCUUAUAUUUGCUACUUAUUACUUCAGGGAGCUAUCAUUAACUGCCACUGCUCUUAUAGAAGCCUUGCCCGCCGCGCUCAGUGGAAGCUACAUAAUCAUAUUCAUGGGAAUGUACAGUUUUAUGGCGGACAGAACAACUAUAGAAAACAGGACAUUUCGUUUAGGUGUAGUGACUAUAUUCGUAAGUUUUGGUACUCCAGUGGGGACAGCUCUGAGCGGAAUUCUGUUACGUGCUUUGGGUUAUUAUGGGAUAUUUUCUUUGUUAAUAUUUCUACAUAUUUCUUCAUUUAUAUACGGACUAUUUCGUCUCGAAGAUGUGAUAGUGGAUAAAGAGAUAUCAUCAGUAAAUGAGACACACCAAAAUAGAUUUCAGGCAAUCUUACGUGACGUGUUGAAGAUGGUCUGCAAUACAGUUCUGGUAGCAUUGAGGCCUAGGGCAUUUAAUGGGAGAACUCAAAUAUUUCUGGUCAUAAUUCUCUACUUGCUAAUGGUGGGACCCCUUUAUGGUGAUUCUCAAGUCAGUUAUUUAUACGCAAGACGCAAAUUCAACCUGAACGAAGUGGAAUACAGCAUUUAUGGCACCAUCAAUAUUCUUCUUGGUCUUGUCGGUACAAUCUUCUGCAUAACUGUGCUGAGCAGGAAAUUUAAUGUACAAGACAGCGCUUUAGGCGGACUAGCUGGUGUGAGCAGGAUAGCGUCAUGUUUCGUGUUUGCAUUUGCACCGAACAGACCAUGGUACUAUUCAGCACCACUAUUUAACAUUUUCAGUCAUACUGGUCUCACUGCUGUCAGGUCUAUUGCUUCAAAAAGCGUCCCUACUGAAGAAGUUGCCAAACUGAAUGCUUUAAUUGGUGUAAUGGAAGCCAUAGCGCCUUCAAUAUAUACACCAACAUCGAGUUACAUUUACGCAGCCACAAUACAGAAUUUUCCUGGAGCAUUUUAUUUGUUCGACGCUGCUCUCACUGUGGUAGCUCUAGGAUUAUUUACGUGCAUUUAUGUGAUAGUUAAAAGAAGAAUGCGGAAUGCAGUUGCAAAUCCUAAGAGAAAAGAAGAAUUUGCUAGAUCUAACGAAGUUUCUCGAUUUUAGACUUAUUCAUAUAUUUUUUAUGCCAAAGCCGUAGUAGUUAUAAUGGAGAAAAGAGAGAGAGAAAGACGUAGGACUGUAGUAUUUAGUUAUAUUUGAAAAUUGUAUUAGAAUAUUAUUAGUAUUUUUUAUUUGGCUUUAAGAUAAUGCUGUGGUUAGGUUAAGUUUCAGUAGACUAUUAACUUUUAUCAUUAAACACGUAACUUGUAGGCAAGAAAUCUAAAUUCUGUUACUUCAAUGUGGCCAUAUUACUUAUAACAAAGAAGACUGUACCUACAAUAUUAUGAACAAUGAAAAGAAUAAAUGUUUAAUUAAAGAUAUUGUAUUGUAAAGUAUAUUAUCUAUUUACUUUAAUACUAAGUUCAAUAUUCCAUAAUCUAUUUUCCUAUUUACAAAUAAC